GUUUUCGUGGUGGUUUUCGUCGUCCAUGGUGUUAUGGAUGAAGUGUCGGUGCAAAAAGUGACUAAUAAUUACUCACCUUUCAUUUAACUUUUAUCUUUGUUAUGUAUUUAAUUACAUAUUCUUUAUCCGCGUCAUAAUGCUAAGGUUUCUUAGUAAGAAGCGAGGAUCAACCAACGAAAGGACUGCUUUCUACAAUCAAAAUGGAUCUCAGAGGAUUGUUCCUCCAAACAAACACUCUAUGCUUUUAUGCAAUGUUAUAUUACUGGAUGGAGGAGUGCUUCCCGUAGAACUUUCGAAAAAAGCGUUGGGUGAAGACCUUUACAAACAUGUUCUCUAUGCACUCGACUUGCUGGAGAAAGAGUAUUUCGGACUUCAGUUUACAGAUACAAAUUCUGUACAGCACUGGCUGGAUCCAAUAAAACCAAUUAAGAAACAAGUCAAAAUCGGUCCUCCGUAUACAUUGCGUCUACGCGUGAAAUUUUACUCGUCAGAACCAAACAGUUUACGAGAGGAAGUGACACGAUAUCAGUUCUUCUUGCAACUGAAGUUAGAUAUUUUAGAAGGACGUCUGGAGUGUCCGGAGCAAACGGCCAUUGAGUUAGCUGCUCUAGCGUUGCAGUCAGAACUAGGAGAUUACGACGAAGAACUCCAUACGCCAGCAUUUAUUUCCGAGUUUAGAUUUGUUCCAAACCAGACUGAAGAAUUAGAAUUAAAAAUAGUAGAAGAAUUCAAAAAAUGUCGGGGUUUGACCACUGCCAUGGCUGAAACGAAUUAUUUGAAUAAAGUCAAGUGGCUUGAAAUGUAUGGUGUCAACAACCAUACUGUUUUGGGCAAAGAUGGCUGUGAAUAUGCUUUGGGGCUGACUCCCACCGGAAUUUUAGUGUUUGAGGGAAACCAAAAAAUAGGACUUUUCUUUUGGCCAAAAAUUAGUAAAUUAAAUUUUAAAAAGAAGAAACUAACGCUAGUUGUUGUGGAGGAUGAUGAUCAAGGGCACGAGCAAGAACAUACAUUCGUCUUUAGGCUUACUAAUGAAAAGGCAUGCAAGCAUCUAUGGAAAUGCGCUGUGGAACAUCAUGCAUUUUUCAGACUCAAUGCACCUGUCAAAGAUCCUUCCGUUAGACAAAAUUUCCUCCGAAUGGGCUCCAGGUUUCGAUAUAGGGGGAAGACAGAGUUUCAGACCACACAACGGACGGCUGCAAGACGGACAGUGCAGUUUGAACGAAAACCAAGUCAGAGGUAUGCACGGAGACCAUCCCAUGUUCUCCGUGAGAAACAAAAAGAAAAUAAUAGUCCACUCGUGAAGAAAGUCAAAACCACCGAAACAGAUGAGACGACAACGGGCGAAACAAAAAUCGUAGAAGUCAGUGAAAAACUGAGUGAGGAGCGAACGCUUACCCCUACUCUGACCCCUGAAUCUACCGCUACUUCCACUCCGACACCUACUCCCACGCCGACCCCAGCCCCCACGACUCUCAUCACGGACAUCGACUAAGUUUACCAGUCAACAGGUAACAGUCAGUAGAAAUUAAAUUUUGGUUCUUGCAAGCCCCCGAGUCAUUCUGAUCCACUGAUUACGUAGAAAAAGUUAGGAAACCGGAACAAUCGUACUCUCAUUUUUUAGACUUGUAGAACCUCAGUGCCUUGAAAUCUUGGAAAUCCGAAAUUUGAAACUAAGAUAUCUGUCAAUCAAAUUAGAAAAAAACGUGUACUAUUUGACAUCAACUGCAUUCUUCAGAUUUGCUUGUAAUUCUGUGGGUGCUGUUUUUUUUUUUUUUUUUUUUUCCUCCUUGCGAAAGAAUGUGUAACUUCUUGUGCAGAGUUCCUUAGCAUUGCUGUGUUUUCAUGCUACGUUCAGCAAAAGAUUUCAUUCUUCGCCAUUUGCAGUGUCCCAUCCAUCUCAGAUUAACUCUAUUUCCAUCUGGGAUGUUGAAAAUAAUUAACAAAAUCUCUUUUUCCUACACCCAAAAUCAGGAAACCUCAGAAAAGACCGAUCUUUACGAGAACUUUAACUGAAAUCUUAAUCUGCUCUUGGUAACUCAAGAGCCAUAGUGCAAUAAAUAUUCUAUUUAAGUGUUGAUUACUCUCGAAGGUAAUACACAUACCAAUCUCCAGUUCUUUCAAUCAGCACUAAAAAUUUAAAAUUCUGACAAUAAUUUUGAAGCAUUUACUUUUUACCUCACCAAAAGUCAGGUAUGUAAAAUUGGUCAAAUUAAGAUUCUCUUCGCGUGUUUCCAAUACCUCAGCAAUAUUUAUGGUCGUACUUUGCAGGAAAUGUUAUUGUCCAUGUCAAAUUUUAACUAACUUGACAACAUUUUUAAACAUACCUCUACACAAUCUAGCUGUAAGGGUUCUUCAUGAACUGAGGUGAAUGCAAUAUUUUUCUCUCAAAAAUAUUUUGAUUUGGAUCCAAUUCUUCUUUAUGAAUUACUUUCCUUGAGCAUAUUGCGAGGGUUUGAACACUCAAAA